AUGGGUAAUAUCAAGGUGGUGGUCCGAGUACGGCCGUUCAACAGCAGAGAACUCGACCGAAAUGCAAAAUGUAUUAUUCAGAUGAAAGGAAACCAAACGGUUCUUAUCCCGCCUCCUGGUGCCGACGACAAACUACGCAAGGCCGGUGGGAAAGGUGCCGUGGAAGGGCCGAAGGCGUUCGCCUUCGACAGGUCGUAUUGGUCUUUCGACAAGAAUGCCCCGAACUACGCAAGCCAGGACAACCUCUUCGGUGACUUGGGUGUGCCACUGUUGGACAAUGCCUUCCAGGGCUACAACAACUGCAUCUUCGCCUACGGUCAGACGGGUUCUGGAAAGUCGUACUCGAUGAUGGGUUAUGGCAAGGAGUAUGGUGUCAUUCCUCGGAUCUGCCAGUCCAUGUUCGAGCGCAUCUCUGCCAUCCAGCAAGACAAAAACCUCAGCUGUACCGUGGAAGUGUCCUAUCUCGAGAUCUACAACGAGCGAGUCCGCGAUUUGCUCAAUCCCUCGAACAAGGGGAACCUCAAGGUCCGCGAGCACCCGUCCACGGGUCCAUACGUGGAGGACCUGGCCAAACUGGUCGUGCGCUCCUUCGAUGAAAUCGACAAUUUGAUGGACGAGGGUAAUAAGGCCCGAACGGUGGCGGCAACGAACAUGAACGAAACCUCUAGUCGAUCGCACGCCGUGUUCACCUUGACCCUUACGCAAAAGCGCCAUGAUGCCGAAACCUCGAUGGACACCGAGAAGGUCUCCCGAAUCAGUCUGGUCGAUCUUGCGGGUUCGGAAAGAGCAAAUUCGACGGGAGCCACCGGCGCGCGGUUGAAGGAAGGUGCUGAGAUCAAUCGAUCGCUGUCCACCCUCGGUCGUGUCAUUGCUGCUCUGGCGGAUGUGGCUUCUGGAAAGAAGAAGAAUGCUUCAAUGGUUCCGUAUCGUGACUCUAUCCUCACAUGGCUGCUCAAGGACUCUUUAGGAGGUAACUCCAUGACGGCGAUGAUUGCUGCGAUCUCACCUGCCGAUAUCAACUUCGAUGAGACUCUGAGUACUUUAAGGUACGCAGACUCGGCUAAGCGAAUCAAGAACCACGCAGUGGUGAACGAGGACCCCAACGCACGGAUGAUCAGAGAAUUGAAGGAAGAAUUAGCGCAGCUGCGAGCGAAGCUUGGUGGUGGUGUAGCAGCAAUGGCCGGCGCGGCUGCUGGCAACCUCGCUGCCGCUGACGGCAUCCCACCCGAGGAAUCUUAUCCCCCAGACACGCCUCUGGAGAAGCAGAUGGUUUCGAUCCAUCAGGCAGAUGGCUCAGUCACCAAAGUCAGCAAGGCGGAGAUUGUGGAGCAAUUGAACCAGAGCGAGAAGCUUUAUAAGGAUUUGAACCAGACAUGGGAGGAGAAAAUGGCCAAGACCGAGCAGAUCCACAAGGAGCGCGAAACAGCCUUGGAGGAGCUUGGAAUCAGUAUCGAGAAGGGCUUUAUUGGUCUCAGUACACCAAAGAAGAUGCCUCAUUUGGUCAAUCUCAGUGACGAUCCGUUACUCGCAGAGUGCCUUGUGUACAACAUCAAACCAGGAACCACUAUGGUUGGCAAUAUGGAUCAGGGCAGCCAUGUGGAGAUCAGACUGAACGGCUCCAAGAUCAUGGCCGAUCACUGUAAGUUUGAGAACGUGGACAACAUUGUCACCAUCAUCCCCACUGAAGGCGCCGCCGUUAUGGUGAAUGGAUUGCGCAUCGAUCAACCUAAGCGCCUUAAAAGUGGGUUUCGGAUCAUUCUGGGUGACUUCCACAUUUUCCGCUUCAACCAUCCGCAAGAGGCCCGUGCCGAACGAGUCGAGCAAAGUCUGCUGCGUCAUACGGUCACCACAAGCCAGCUUGGCUCACCCGCGCCAAACAAAACCCAUGACCGCAAUGUGAGCAAAACCGGGUCGGAGAUUGAUGGCGACUCGAGUAGGGCCGAUUCACCGAUGCCGUCACAGCCCAGCAGGGAAUCCGAUUGGUUCUAUGCUCGCCGUGAAGCCGUCAGCGCUGUACUGGGGCCCGAUCAUAUCUCGCAUAUGCCUGAUGAUGAGCUGGACGCCUUGUUUGAGGAUGUGCAGAAGGUCAGGGCUACACGCCGGGGCCUGGCGGAGAAUGAGGAGGAUUCUGACUCGUUGAGUUCUUUUCCCGUACGAGACAAGUACAUGUCAAACGGCACUAUCGACAACUUCUCCUUGGAUACUGCCAUCACGAUGCCCGGGACUCCUCGUCCCAACGAUGACGAUGAGGCACAGAGUGGAGCCGAUGCGACUCUGCAAUCUGUGCGCCAGGAUAUGCAGCGGCAGCUGGACCGGCAGAAAGAGGAAUACCAAGACAAACUGAGAAAUGCUGAGACGUCAUCUAGUCAAGACGUUGAAGACCUCCGCUCUGAAAAGACCCGGAUGGAGGAAGCCCUGCGGACAGCGAAAGAGGAAUUUGAGGAACAACUGAGGAAACAAAAGGAAGCAUUUGAGUCCCACAUGAAGGAUCUAGGCCAACCGGUACCCAAAGUCUACGAGAAUGGCUUUGCCAAACUCGACGCCCGGGAACUCGAGGUCGCACGUUCAGUUUACCGUCACUGGUCUCAGCAGAGCUACGUUCGCAUGGCCGAGAAGGUGUUGCAAUACGCGUCGCUGCUGAAGGAAGCGCAGGUCAUGAGUCAGAUCAUGGACAAGAAUGUUGUAUUUCAGUUUGCAAUCAUCGACCAUGGGCACAACAUGGCCUCGUCUUAUGACCUCGUACUGAACGGUAUUUCCGGGGACGAGGACGUUGUCUUGGAUGACGCCAGGAAGCCUUGCGUAGCUGUCCGCGUCAUUGACUUCAAGCAAUGUGUGAUACAUCUCUGGUCCAUCGAGAAGCUCCAGCGUCGCGUCCAGGCUAUGCGUCAGCUACACCAGUACAUCGACCGUCCUGACUACAUCCAGCAUUUCAAGUUAGAGAAUCCCUUCUCCGAACCCUGCUCGCCUCAGUACUCGCUUGUCGGCGACGCCGACAUUCCGCUCACUGCUGUCUUCGAAACUCGAGUGCAGGAUUUCUCCGUCGAGGUUUUCUCACCUUAUACGCAGAACGUCAUCGGCAUUAUCCGACUGUCUCUGGAGCCCUCUUCGGCCCAGGCCCCGUCGUCUACGUUGAAGUUCAACGUUGUCAUGCGGGAUAUGGUUGGGUUUGCCGAAUGGGAAGGGUCGGAGGUGCAUGCUCAGCUCGUUGUGCCUGGGAUCUCCGAGGAGGGCGGUGCCACCACGACGCAGAUGAUCAGUGGAUUCGAUGAAGCCCCGGUGCGAUUCGAGAGCGUCCACAGCAUGAGCUUGCCAUUGUCCAGCCCCCGCAGCGCCGCUCUGAAAAUCUGCGUCUAUGCACGUGUGACCCAGAUGCACCUCGAUAAACUUCUCAGCUGGGACGACAUGCGUGACUCAGCCGAGCCGGCGCCCAAGAAACGGAAAACUCCACGGAUUGCCGAAACAGAGUUCUAUUCCGAAGAGAGACACGACGUUUUUGCAAGGGUGCAGAUCCUCGAAUUGGCGGAAUCCGGCGAAUACCUUCCGGUUGAGGUUGUUCAAAGCAAUAGCCUUGAUGCAGGCACAUACCAACUACACCAAGGUUUGCAGCGUCGUAUCAUGGCGAACUUGACCUAUAGUUCCACCGAGAGUCUGCCUUGGGAUGAUCUGACCAACAUUCGCGUGGGGUCCGUGCGACUGCUGGACCCUUGGGGCAAAAUCCCGGAUCAAGACCUGCAAACUCCCGACGUCCCACUGAAGUUCAUCCAGGAGCCCGGUGUGAAAGAGAAUGCAGACGGGACUUCUAAUAUCACCAUCAUAGGCCAAUGGGACUCCAGUUUGCACGGGUCUCUUCUUCUUGAUCGGGUGACUGCGGAUAAGUACCGCGUCCAGGUGACCCUGAGGUGGGACUUGAUCUCUUCACGCUUGCAGGACCCAGUGCCCUUCGAGAUUGACUUAACUCUCCAGAUCCAGGGUCGAACCUAUGUUCGACCGCAAUCGAUGUUCAAGCAAUUCUUCAACUCCACGCGUAUUGUGCACUCGACUGUUCGCAUGUUUUCCUUGGUGGUUCGGCCGGUGUCUGCCAAGCGGGCGGCAGACCUGUGGCGCAUGAACACGCAGAAUGAUUAUGUCAAAGGCGAGGAGUAUCUGACUACGUGGUCCCCACGCAAGGUGUCGCUCGUGCGGGACUAUGUUGCUGCGCGCAAACGGCGGCGACGCAUCGCCGAGCUAUAUGCUGCGAAAGGAGCUCUCAGUGCCAAUAGCUUGGUGGCAUCGCCUAUGCGCAGUGGACGCUCGACCCCUCUCCGGAGCCAGAAAGGCGCGGACCGCGAUGCGAAACUUCUCCAGAAAUACAUCGAUCUCUGGGCGAAGAGGACCGAUCCGAUUGAAGCAAUCCUUGUUCGGAGCAACACCGAGCCUCCUGCAGGCGGGGCGGCUUUUUCUUCUCGGAUCCGGCAGUCUUCGUCCAGCGACGACGAGAACUCGAGCUCCACUUCCGACGAGGCAUCCUUGAAGCCGCGAUUUGUGGCCUCCAUCCAGACUCUUCCGAAGAAUCCAUCUUCUCUCAAGUCUGGAUACCUACUUACCCCGGAUGAUACCAACAGCCACUGGGUGCGGCGGUUUGUUGAGCUUCGCCGACCUUACCUGCAUAUUCAUUCCGUCCCCGAUGGGGACGAGAUCAAUGCCAUCAACCUGCGCAACUCGCGAGUCGAUCAUUCCCCUGAUUUUGCACGGCUUCUCGACGGGCCAGGAACGACGGGUGACCGUGGGGCGUCGAGGGGCCGCCAUGUGUUUGCGGUGUAUGGGUCGCAGAACACGUUUCUGUUUGCGGCCCGGACGGAAGCUCAGAAGGUGGAGUGGAUCUUAAAGAUCGAUGAAAGCUACUUCAGCAACGCUGGGGCGCGGGCGAUGACCAAUGAUUCUUGA